CGAUCACUGGAUUGUUCGAACAGACGCGUUUUGGCGCCCAGACCGCAGUCCCUCCUCCCGGUGCCUUCAGUUUUGCGCCUUUGUGCCAAAAUCGAGCGGGAAGUGAAGGCAGCGGUCGCCGGGAGAGCUCAGCCGUCAGUCUCCGGUCCGUACACGAAUGAAGAGUCUGCCGGAUUCCUUGUUUUCUGCAUCAUGGAAGUUUCUUCACCUAUAACCCACCAGAGCCAAAGGAACUCUCAAAAAACAAUUUCCAUACAGAGCAAAUAGCAAAGACUUCAGUCCGAGACUCUCGGCCCCAUUCAGUUUACUGCAUAUUUAAUUUUAUAGUAAUUUAUUGAAUUAUUUUCAUACCUCUACGUUGUUUUGUUUACAUAGUAUUUUAUUUUUUAUAAUCUAUUUUCACAUUGAGCCAAAAAAAAGAGAAAAUUAUGGAAUCGACAACCGUUUUCAGCGUAGUUACCAGUACCCUCGGCAUCCAGGAGGGGGGUCCAAUGUCCGACUACCUGUGGAUGCUGGUGGUGGGUUUUAUCAUAGCCUUUGUGCUGGCUUUCUCAGUUGGUGCCAACGAUGUAGCAAACUCCUUUGGCACGGCGGUGGGCUCUGGUGUGGUGACGUUAAGGCAAGCUUGCAUUCUGGCCUCCAUCUUUGAAACCGUGGGAUCUGUUCUCUUGGGCGCUAAAGUGAGUGAAACCAUCCGGAAAGGACUGAUUGACGUCACGAUGUACAACACGACUCAGCAGCUGCUAAUGGCGGGUUCCAUCAGCUCCAUGUUUGGCUCUGCUGUGUGGCAACUUGCAGCUUCCUUCCUGAAACUGCCGAUCUCUGGGACCCACUGCAUUGUUGGAGCCACGAUCGGCUUCUCUCUGGUGGCUAAAGGACAGGAGGGCGUGAAAUGGACAGAGCUGCUUCGUAUCGUGCUGUCCUGGUUCAUCUCUCCUCUAUUGUCCGGCAUCAUGUCUGCUCUGCUGUUUUUCCUUGUAAGAAGGUUCAUCCUUCGCAAGCCUGACCCUCUACCCAAUGGACUGCGUGCCCUGCCAGUGUUCUACGCCUGUACGAUCGGCAUAAACCUGUUCUCCAUCAUGUACACCGGCGCACCUCUGCUUGGAUUUGACAAGAUUCCCCUGUGGGGCGUCAUCCUAAUCUCUGUGGGUUGUUCUGUGAUUUGCGCCCUGGUCGUGUGGUUCAUAAUCUGUCCCAGGAUGAAGAAGAAGAUAGAACGUGAAAUGAAAUCCAGUCCGUCAGAAUCUCCCUUGAUGGACAAAAAGAAUAUGGACCAAAGCCACAUCCUAAAUCCAGAACCAGAUGUGAAAUUGCCUAUCGAGUGCGGUAUCUCUACAGAGGCCAAGGUGCCCAUUUUGGACAUGGUGUCUGCGCCAUCACGGGCUGCAGAGGAGCGGACAGUGAGCUUCAAGAUGGGUGACUUUGAAGUCCCAGAGAGGGAGAAGUGUCGGAGCAUGGAGACCAACAUUGACCAGCCAGUAAAUGCCGUGCAGUUGCCAAAUGGAAAUCACGUACAAUUCAACCAGACCGUUAGCAACCAGAUGUCUUCGAACGGGCAGUAUCAUUAUCACACCGUGCACAAAGAUUCUGGUCUGUACAAAGAUCUGCUGCACAAACUGCACUUGGCCAAAGUGGGAGACUGCAUGGGAGACUCCGGUGAGAAGCCGCUGCGCCGCAACAACAGCUACACCUCCUACACCAUGGCGAUCUGCGGGAUGCCUCUGGAUUCCUUCAGAAACAAGGAGGCAGAGGCACGCCCAGAGGAGGCUGAAAAAUUAACCUGGCCCGGAGCUGACGGGAAGAAGCGCACUCGCAUGGACAGCUACACCAGUUAUUGUAACGCAGUGGCAGACACACACCAGGAUGUUGGCGCAGAAGGGCAUGAAGAAGUUUGUGCAGUAGAGGAGGCUGCCAACAGGAAAAGCAGCAACUCCUCACUAGAAGAAUGGCAUGAUCAAGACAAGCCCGAGGUGUCUCAGCUCUUCCAGUUCUUACAAAUCCUUACUGCUUGCUUUGGCUCUUUUGCACAUGGUGGGAACGAUGUCAGCAACGCCAUUGGUCCUUUGGUUGCACUUUGGCUGGUUUAUGAGACUGGAGAUGUAACCACCAAGGCUGAGACCCCUAUUUGGCUGCUCCUCUUCGGAGGGAUUGGUAUCUGUAUUGGUCUCUGGGUUUGGGGACGAAGGGUUAUGCAGACAAUGGGUAAAGAUCUGACCCCAAUUACCCCCUCAAGUGGUUUCAGCAUUGAGUUGGCAUCUGCCUUGACAGUUGUAAUUGCUUCAAACGUUGGUCUCCCCAUCAGCACGACGCACUGUAAGGUUGGGUCUGUUGUAUCCGUUGGAUGGCUUAGAUCCAAAAAAGCAGUGGACUGGCGUCUCUUCAGAAAUAUCUUCUUGGCUUGGUUUGUCACCGUGCCAAUUUCGGGCCUCAUCAGCGCUGGUAUCAUGGCACUCUUCAAGUACGCAAUCCUUAAAGUAUGAUUUGAUGCUGAAUUCCCUGCUAUCUGAAAUCUCCGCUCAGGACUGCAGAUCCACUGCACAUAUCUCAUCAGUGCAAUGCAACUAUCAACAGGAUGCAAGCGACUCUGCUUCCCCCACCCCAGUCCCUGCAUGAGGGGCUUGAGUUAACAGACCUGGAAUAUGCAAUGUGCCCUCCCUGAUGGGUGGACGAAAAUAACUUUCAGGUGUAGAAAGUGGAUUUAAACAGGACUCUCUCCCCCUCCUCCCCUUGUGCUGUACAACUGCUUUAAUGCGCCAGAACAGGGAUGCUCAACCUGCAGCCCUCCAGCUGUUGUAACACUACAACUCCCACCAUGCCCUGCUGUAGGCUCUCCGGACAUGCUGGGAGUUGUUGUUUUACAACAUCUGGAGGGCCGCAGGUUGGGCAUACCUGCGCUAGAAUAUUACAAAUCAACCCAAUCUACCUGUAUGCACAUGGCGAUCAUUCCUCAGUAUUAAUGUUCUCUGUAUAUAGACCUGCCUGUAUGUCCGCCUGUUUUUUCCACUGUAAAUGUUUGUGCAUCUUGUUUUUAUAUCACAGGAGGAUUAUCAUUAUUUUUUUAUUUUUUUUUUCACAUAUCCUUUUUCUUCGCUGCCUUUUAGGCUUGCAAAUCAGCUUGGCCGUAGAAUGGAUGAGGAGGCUGAAGAGUUAUUUCUUCAAAUAGUAUCUAGAUUUAGCAUUUAUUUUUAUGUUUUAUGCAGAUCUAGGAAACCAUGAUUUUUUUUUUUUUUUCUUUUUUUAAAUAUAUAUUUUUUUUAAACAAAGAAUCCAAAGUGUCGAUCUUUGAGGAUGUGCUGUCUAUAGGAUGUGUGUACUCCAGGUGAAAGUGCAGUGCCAGUAACUCAGGAUCUGGCCACGCCGAUGGGGAAUCUUGUCCAGCAUAGUGUCCAUUUUACUGGUUUGUCAUCAGCUUUUGUUACUGGUGAAGUCAAAUAAAAUAGCACUAAUUCAGCAA